AUGAAGAUCAUAGGCGAGUUAGCCCUUGUGGGCGCCAUCGCCUCGGUGUUUAUUGUGGCCGCGAGAGGGCGCGCCGUAGAGAGGGCAGCUGAAGAGGCUGCCGGGAGAGACUACAUGAGAAACCUGGACGAGAUUAUGUCCAAAGCUAAGAAUAAGAAAGUUAUUGCAAGCUGGGAUUAUGAGAGUAAUAUUACCAAGUACAAUGAGGAUCGAUUGUUGCAAAUAUCCUUGGAGCUAGCUGAAGAAGAGAAGGAACACUGGAAAGAGACCAUGAGCUACCUUUGGCAUGAGUACGAAGACCAGGAUCUGAAGAGAAUGUUCCAGAAGUACACCAAACUUGGCACUUCUGCGCUGCCUGAGGAUUUGAAUGAGAGAUUGAUCAAUGCUAUCAAUAAUAUGCAGUCGACGUAUGCUAAAGCCACUAUUUGUUCCUAUUCUGAUAGGACGAAAUGUGAUCUGCAUGUGGAACCUGAGGUGACAGACAUCUUUGCGACCAGUAAUGACCCUGAGGAGUUGAAGUACACUUGGCUGGAGUGGCACAAGGCCGCUGGUGCUGCCUCCAAGGGCAACUUUACUGAAUACGUCGCUAUGGACAAUGAGGCUGCUAAGCUGAACGGUUACGACAGUGUAGCAGAAUGGUGGCUAAGCUAUUAUGAGGCUGAUGACAGUGAGGAUCAGUUUGCUGCACUCUGGGCCCAAGUCAAGCCUCUGUACCAACAGAUCCACGCUUACGUGAGGAGGCACCUGAGACUGAAGUAUGGAGAGGACGUCGUGCCUGCUAGGGGACCUAUCCCUGCCCAUUUGCUAGGUAAUAUUUGGGCUCAAACUUGGAAUCAAGUUGAGAAGUUCACCAAGCCAUACCCUGACAAGCCUGAAAUCGACGUUACUAACGCUCUGCGUGCCCAGAACUAUACAGCGCUGAAGUUCUUCAAAACUGCAGAGGAAUUCUUCACGUCCCUGAACUUGAGUCCCAUGCCUGACCUGUUCUGGGAGAGAUCCAUUAUUGAGAAACCCACUGAUGGACGAGACAUGGUCUGCCAUGCUUCUGCCUGGGACUUCUACGACGGUGAAGACUUUAGGAUCAGACAAUGCACCACCAUCACAUCAGAAUUCUUCAAGACUACGCAUCACGAGAUGGGUCAUAUCCAAUACUACCUUCAAUACAAAGAUCAGCCGGUUGUUUAUAGGGAGGGUGCUAACCCUGGUUUCCAUGAGGCCGUUGGUGACGUCAUCGCUCUGUCAGUUUCCACACCAAAGCAUUUGAGAGUUAUGGGUCUUCUCGAAGAUGGCACUGAUGAUAUCGAAACCAACAUUAACCAGCUUUAUAAAAUGGGAUUGGAAAAAAUUGUCUUCCUACCUUUUGCGUACCUUCUCGAUCUAUUCCGUUAUGGAGUCUUCCGUGGUACCACCUCUCCUGAUGAGUACAACUGCCACUAUUGGCAACUGAGAGAAGCCCUUCAAGGCGUGGAACCACCAGCACCCAGGUCUGAAGACGACUUCGAUCCUGCUGCUAAAUACCACAUCUCUGCUGAUGUGGAAUAUAUGAGAUACUACAUCUCCUACAUCAUUCAGUUCCAAUUCCAACGUUCCCUGUGCCAGAUUGCUGGUGAAUAUGUUCCCGGAGACGAGACUAAACUGCUGUCCAACUGUGACAUCUACAAGAAUACUGAGGCUGGAAAUGCUUUAGGUAAAAUGCUUCAGCUCGGUUCAUCCAAACCCUGGCAAGACGCAAUGGAGGCUCUGACAGGACAGCGUAACAUGGACGCCAGUGGAUUGCUGGAGUACUUUGCUCCUUUACAUGACUGGCUUAAGGCGGAGAAUGAGAGGACUGGGGAGUUUGUUGGCUGGGAACCUAGUACUGUCCCAUUCUGCACAGCGGAGCAGCGGUCAGCAAUGGAAAGCUCCGGCUUCAACACCAGACUGAAAAAAUACGCUUCAAUGUAA